AUGAAAUAAUUUAUAACCUUUAUCAAUAUUCCUGAAGUGCGUGGGAAAAUUCCAAAAUGUCAAAUCUGUCAGAAAAGUUUCAGUUUUACAACGAGGGAGCAUCAAUGCAAAAGGUAUGUAUAAAACUUAAUGCAGAUGUUUACGAGCUGUAUGUGAGGGAUGUUCUCCAUUCAAGAUUAACCAUAUUAAAAAAGAUGGCAAAGAAUCAGCAAAACCGCAUAGAAUGUGCAAAAUUUGUAAAGAGGUAUAUGGAAGUCUAAUUCAAGGAAUCAGAGUAAAUAAAGAAUUUUGUGGAGUAGAAUCAUAUUGCUUACGGAGUUGACACUCUAUCGAAAUAAUGGUUGGGAGGCUCACUAAGUUAGCAGGAAUAUAAGAAUGCUCGAGAGAGCGCUAAAAUAAGGUUUGAUAAAACAGAAAUAAGUGGUUUUGACAAUAUCAACUAUUCUUUAAAAGAAUUUUAUUAUCUAGCUGGCAAAGACAAUACAAAACUGUAGAAUGUUUGUUUGACAUUUUGUUCAAAGAAUCCAGAAGUUGCAUUUUCAGCCGAAUUAGUGAGUUUGGCCAAUUUUCUAUUAUGUUUUUCCUCCGAAGCCUCCACUUUUCAAUUAUUAGGCAUAAUCUACAAAUAGAAACCUCCUGAGGAAUGCAUCUUAAGCAUAUUAACUUAUUGCGUAAAAGGAUAUGGUAUGGGAGAAGAUGAAAAAUAGUUGCUGAAAUAAUUCCUACAAAGUAGAUUGAAGAGAUACUUAAUAACAUUCUCAAUCAACAUGUUUAACUUUGAUACAACUCUAUUCCUAAUCACACAAUUAAUCAAAAAAUACGAUUCAUUCAUUAAAUAAUUGUCUGCAAUAUUUAUAUUGGCCAGAACUUAAUUGAAGAACACUAAUCAUGAAGAUCUUGAAUUGUGGAUAUUAAGGAAUGUGAGAAGAAAAGAUGCAGAAAGUAAGUUGAACCUGAUGCAAUUACCAGCGCCUAACUAGGAAAUAGAGAGUAGGGAAACAUCCUAGUCAAUCAGAAGCAUUGGGUUUUCAAUGAUUGAAUAAUAAGAUCAAUCUUAGUAUAAUGAAAUGAAAGCUGAAAUAUCCAAUUUAAAAUUACAACUCGCAUUAAAGGAUAAUGAAAUCGAAAGCUAUAAGUUUUAAUUACAAUAGAUGCAAUCUCCUGAUGAUUCAAAAAAAGACAAGUAUAUUCAAUAAAAAAAUGAAGAGAUUGCCAUUUUGUUAGCCAGAGUCGAUGCUUUGACCUUGGAAAAUAAGUAGUUCUCUAAGAGAGAAUCGAAUUAUUCAAGUUAGAAUUCAAUUCAGGCAGAUUAAUAGAGGAACAUUUAAGAAUUACAAUAAUAGAUAGAACGAUUAAAGACAAAACUAAAAGAGUCUAUAUUUGAAAACAGGGCAAUGUCAAUGUCAUUGGCUACCAGUGCUUAGAGUAUUAUGUCUGGCAAGGAAGUGCAGGAUUUAAAAUAAAAACACGAAGACGAAAAACGAUAACUAUUUGAUCAAAUACAAGCUUUGGAGCAGAAUAAGUCCUAACUUCAACGCAUUAUAGAUUCCCAAAAACAAUUGAACCAAAGAGUGGUAGAUUACUUAAGCUCAAUGACCAUCAAUACUAAUGUCAUAAAAUUGUCACUCAAACCUCCCUUGGAGAGACGCACUAAAAAUGAUAACGAAGACUAUAAGAUCCUUAUUGAUACUAAGAUUCAACAAAAUCAACUUUUGAAGUAAAUGCUUAUGGCGAAUCAGUAGUAAAUUCAAGAACUUAAUAGUAAGCUCAAGGAUAUUAAGUAAAUGAUUUAUUCAUAAUGA